AUGGCUUCGGUGACGUCCCUGGACAGAGAUCUGCGCAAGAUGCGCCUCGACAAGUACACGCCCGCCGCGGCAAACGAGGUGCGAUCAUGGAUUGAGGGCAUCUUAGGCGAGCGCCUGCCUCCAGGCGACCUUCUUGAGUCUCUCAAAGACGGCGUGGCGCUCUGCAAGCUCGUCAACCUCGCCCUGCCACCGCCAGGGGUCAAGUUCAAGACCUCGGCGAUGCCCUUUGUACAGAUGGAGAAUAUCUCCCACUUCCUCCGCGCCUGCAAGCUCCCGCCGCUCAACCUUCAGGAGCACGACAUGUUCCUCACAGUCGACCUAUACGAGGCCAAGGACCCGGCGCAGGUACUGCAGUGUCUGGGCGCAUUCAGCCGCGCGGCAAACCAGGCCAAGCCAGCUGCCUUCCCCUCUGCCAUAGGACCUCGCGCUGCGGGCCUCAGCCCACAGAGGACAGGUGCGCCUGGGCAUCUCCGGGCCCACGAGGGCGUGACCUCGCCGGCGUGGAAUAUCGCACAGUAUGGAUACAUGGGCGGUGCGAGCCAGGGCAACCUCGGCAUCUCGUUUGGCGGGAGGCGACAGAUU